AUGGCAGUUAUGUUACCAAAGUGGUAUCCGCAGACAAAUUGGCAUAUUCUUACAAGCUUGAAUAUUGAAGGUCAAAUUCCCAAAUCCUUUGACCAAGUGACUGGACAUUGCGAGGGUAGCACUGUUAUUCAGAGUCUUGUAUAUUCUGCCAGUUAUCAUAAAAAGCAACCCGAUGUCCAAAUGCUGAUAAAAAGACUUUUAUUAAAUAAUAGUAGAAAAUAUAUGAGGAAUGCAAACAUAGAUGCAAAAAAUGGGCAUGUGAAUGGCUUAAUUAGAAUCUUGAAGAGGAUUGAUUAUGGCCAGAAACUUGUAUCCAAGAGUGCUAAUUUUGAGACAUACAAUCUUCCUUUUUAA